AACUCAUCUCUUUAUACUUUUAGUAAGAAGAAGAGGUUUACCUCAGAAGCUCAAGCUACUUGUGACUUUUUAGUCAAAACGGUGAGGCAAACAUAUUCUGCCUUUGCGGUACAUUCUCGUUUUGUGUAUUUUGUAAAGAUUCUUCCUGAGGGUGGCGCGAUUUUUGAGGUCCUCCUUUAAACAUCAUACCUAUUCCUGUAUUAUCUAUGUUUUCAUUUGACAUGCUCCUUCAACAAUCCAUACAUGCAUUCUGUGUUUUCCCUCUGUCCUUGAUUUCAUCCCUUCCUUCGUGUGUCUCCGGGCCAGGCUGCGUCCCGGAGGAUGAGGCCUACAUCCCCACCUACCUGGAGGCCUUCCCUCCUCUGCCAGAGAAGGAGGCGUCGGGGGAAAAGGCGGGGGAGCCAGCUUCAGCGUGGGGGGGCAAGAUCAGGCCCAUCAAAGCCUCUGUCAUCACCCAGGUGUUCCAUGUUCCCCUGGAGGAGCGUCGCUACAAGGACAACAGCCAGUUCGGGGAGGGCGAGGAGGCCAAAGUGUGCCUGGACAUCAUGCAGCGCACGGGGGCCCACAUUGAGCUGUCUCUGGCCAAAGACCAGGGCCUGUCCAUCAUGGUCACCGGAAAACUGGACUCCGUCAUGAAGGCUCGCAAGGAGAUCGUAGCUCGCCUGCAGACACAGGCCUCAGCUACGGUCGCCAUCCCUAAGGAGCACCACCGUUUUGUCAUCGGUAAGAACGGCGAGAAGCUGCAGGAGCUGGAGCUGAAGACCGCCACCAAGAUCGCUAUUCCACGCCCUGACGACCCCAGCACCAACAUCCGCAUCACCGGCACCAAGGAGGGCAUCGAGAAAGCCCGCCACGAAAUACUUCUGAUCUCUGCUGAACAGGACAAGCGUGCGGUGGAGCGUCUCUCCCUGGAGAAGGCCUUCCACCCCUUCAUCGCCGGAGCCCACAACCGGCUGGUGCAGGAGCUGAGCCAGGAGACGGGCGCUCGCAUCAGCAUCCCCCCCCCCAGCCUGCCCAAGGACGAGAUCGUCAUCACCGGGGAGAAGGAGGCCGUCGCCAUGGCGCUCAGCCGCAUCCGAGCCAUCUACGACGACAAGAAGAGAAAGACCACCACCAUCUCCGUGGAGGUGAAGAAGUCUCAGCACAAGUACAUCAUUGGGCCAAAGGGCAACACCCUGCAGGAGAUCCUGGAGACCACGGGGGUCUCUGUGGAGAUGCCUCCUCUGGACUCCGGAUCAGAGACCAUCAUCCUCAGGGGGGAGCCGGACAAGCUGGGGCCGGCGCUCACACAGGUGUACGCUAAGGCGAAGAGUGUGAUGGUGGUGGAGGUGACCGCCCCGGCCUGGCUGCAUCGCUACAUCAUCGGCAAGAAAGGACAGAACAUCGGGCGCAUCACACAGCAGCUGCCACGGGUUCACAUAGAGUUCACAGACGGAGAGGAGCGCAUCAGUCUGGAGGGUCCGACAGAGGAGGUGGAACAGGCUCAGGCCCAGAUACAGGAGAUCAUCAAGGACCUGCUGGUGAGGAUGGACUACACUGAGGUCAUCAUAGAGCAGCGCUUCCACAGACACCUCAUCGGGAAGAACGGAGCCAACAUCAAUCGGAUCAAGGAGCAGUACAAGGUGUCGGUGCGGAUCCCCCAGGACUCUGAACGCAGCGGCCUGGUCCGGAUCGAGGGCGACCCGAAAGGAGUCCAGAUGGCCCGCAGAGAGCUCAUUGAGAUGGUGCAGAGAAUGGAAAACGAGCGCACCAAAGACCUGAUCGUGGAGCAGAAGUUCCAUCGGACAAUCAUCGGCCAGAAGGGAGAGAAGAUCAAAGAAGUUCGAGACAAGUUCCCCGAGGUCAUUAUCAAUUUCCCCGACCCGGCGCAGAAGAGUGACAUCGUCCAGCUGAGAGGGCCGAAGAACGAGGUGGAGAAAUGUGCAAAGUUCCUGCAGAAAAUCAUCGCCGACCUGAUUGAGAAUAGCUUCUCGCUCUCAGUUCCCAUCUUCAAGCAGUUCCACAAAAACAUCAUUGGCAAAGGCGGCGCCAAUAUUAAAAAGAUCCGGGAAGAGACCACCACUAAGAUCGACCUGCCGACAGAGAACAGUAACUCUGAGAUGAUCGUCAUCACAGGCAGGAAGAGCAACUGUGAGGCGGCCAGAGAGCGGAUCCUCUCCAUCCAGAGAGAACUGGCCAACAUGAAGGAGGCGGAGGUCGCCAUCCCUUCCAAGCUGCACAACUCUCUGAUUGGCUCUAAAGGCUGCCUGGUGCGCUCCAUCAUGGAGGACUGCGGCGGCGUCCACAUCCACUUCCCCUCCGAGGGGUCCGGCUCGGAUAAGGUCACCAUCAGAGGGCCCGUCGAGGAGGUGGAGAAGGCCAAGAAACAGCUGCUGCAGCUGGCUGAGGAGAAGCAAGUCAACAACUUCACAGCGGAGCUCCAGGCCAAACCAGAGUAUCAUAAGUUCCUGAUUGGCCGUGGCGGUGCUAAUAUUCGCAGAGUGAGGGACAAGACGGGGGCCCGCAUCAUCUUCCCGUCACCGGACGACACGGAGCAGGAACUGAUCACCAUCGUAGGGAAGGAGGAGGCCGUGCGUCUGGCCCAGAAGGAGCUGGAAAGCCUGGUCAAAAACCUGGACGAUGUGGUGGAGGACAGCAUGGUCAUAGACGCUCGCCACCACCGCCACUUCGUGUGCCGGAGAGGCCAGGUGCUGCGGGAGCUGGCGGAGGAGUACGGCGGCGUGGCCGUCAGCUUCCCUCGCACGGGGGCCAACAGUCAGAGGGUCACUCUGAAGGGGGCCAAGGACUGCGUGGACGCCGCCAAGAAACGCAUCCAGGAGAUCAUCGAGGACCUGGAGUCCCAGGUGUGUGUGGAGGUGGCGAUCCCCCAGCGCUUCCACCGAGCCAUCAUGGGGCCCAAAGGCUGCCGCAUCCAGCACAUCACCAGGGAGAAUGAAGUCCAAAUUAAGUUCCCGGAGAGGGACGAAAGCGCUGCAGGUCAGGAUGCUCCACCACAGGAAAACGGUGAGGUCAGUCCAGAGGCGGAGUUCGUCCCCCGCAAGUGUGACAUCAUCACCAUCGCUGGGCAUGAGGAGAAGUGUGAAACUGCUAAAGCCGCCCUGCUGGCGCUGGUGCCCAUAACGGAGGAUGUGGAAGUGUCUUACGAGCUGCAUCGCUACAUCAUUGGCCAGAAGGGCAGCGGGAUCAGGAAGAUGAUGGAGGAAUACGAGGUGAACAUCUGGGUGCCGCAGCCGGAGAAGCAGCUGGAUGUGAUCAAGGUGACGGGGCUGGUAGCCAACGUGGAGCGGGCCAAACAGGGUCUGAUGGAGCGGGUCAAAGACCUGCAGGCGGAGCAGGAGGACAGGGCCCUGCGCAGUUUCAAGGUGACCAUGUCCGUAGAUCCAAAGUUUCAUCCAAAGAUCAUUGGUCGCAAAGGAGCGGUGAUUUCUCAGAUCAGGAAAGACCACGACGUCAGCAUCCAGUUCCCAGACAAAGGAGACGAGCAGCAGGAUGUGAUUGUGAUCUCGGGGUACGAGCGUAACGUGGAGGAGGCGAGCCAAGCCAUCCAGCAGCUGGUGGCCGAGCUGCAGGAGAUGGUGAGCCAAGAUGUCCGCCUGGACCCGAGGACCCACGCUCGCAUCAUCGGAGCCCGGGGCAAAGCUAUCCGCAAGCUGAUGGAGGAGUUCAAGGUGGAUAUCAGGUUCCCUCAGCCAGGCUCCGACGAGCCCGACAAAGUGACGGUGACCGGCCUCCCUGAGACUGUGGACAACGCUGUGGACCACCUGCUCAACCUGGAGGAGGAAUAUAUGCUCAACGUGACAGAGACGGAGACCUUGGCAGCCUACAUGAAGCCUCCAUCUCGCUAUGGAGGGCCCGGUGGAGCAGGAGGGGGUGAUGACGGCAGCGGGGGUCCGGCUAAGGGCUUUGUUGUGCGGGACGCCCCUUGGAACGCAUCAGGGAACAAGGCUCCUGACAUGAGCAGUGCAGAGGAUUUCCCCACGUUUGGGACAGGUGUGGCCCCGAAGCAAACAUCCGCCUGGGGCCCCAAGAAAUUCUGAAGCCGCUGACCCUGCAGGAAAACAAAAAGAAACGUGUAAAGUAGAUGAGAGACAAAUCUCGAAUCAAAUUGCUGCUCGCCUUCCUUCCCUCCUCCUCUUUUUUAGUGACCUCCUUUUGUCUCUCUUUCUCUGUAAAGCCCUUGUACCUUCCUCCCACCACCAGCCACAAUGAAUUCUGGGAGAACUAUCCCUUCUUUCUUUUCCAUCUGUCUCUUCCCCCUGAGAGGGAAAAAAAGAACAUUGAGUGCUCUCUCCAUAGCUUUGCUGUCCUGCUCUGCCUCUCGGUUGCACCACCUGCAACCUCCUCCUCAAAAUCAAACUCUCUGAAGUACAUUGUAAAUGUUUAAACUCUUCAAAACUUGCUGAAUCAGAGGAGUGGGAUCAGAGGAAAUGGGGCUUUCAGGGGGGUGGUGAUUGUAUAUCCAAGGAACAAAAGCAACAUCUUGGAUUUUUAAGCUAAAACAAAAAUGGGGGUCUGUUUUAAUGUGCAGGAAACGUGUGUAAAUUAUGACGGUUCUUUUCCUGUGGUUUAUACAAGGAGGUUUAUACGUGGCUUAUCUUUAAAGUCACUGGUGUGGUGCAGCAGGUGAAGCAAUGAGCUGUGUGUGUGUGUGUGUGUGUGUGUGUGUGUGUGUGUGUGUGUGUGUGUGUUGAUUGCUUGAUUGAAAAGUGUAUUAACAGCUUGUAUAUUGGGUACAGUACAGUACAGCUGAAAACAUACAAUUGUGUGUGUGUGUGUGUGUGUGUGUGUGUGUGUGUGAGAGAGUUGGGAGCAAAAACAGCUGCUGUAGUCAGAUAACUGGAGCUUUUUCUUUUUAAGUGAUGAUGAAUCAAAAGAUGUGGAAAUCCUUCGCCGACCGUUUGUACUGAAGGUCAUUUUGUCACCGUUUUAUUUAUUCAAAAAUGAGCCAUUUUAUUUGAACUACUGUGAUCAUUCGUUUUUAUAAAAGCCCUCACUGUAGCUUGAUGCUUAUGUUCGGGAGUGAAAGUCGUACGUCAGGGUUCGGGAAAGAUGUUAAUGGUUGUUAUGUGGAAGUGUACAAAGAACUUUUCGCUAUUUUUUUAAACUGUCUGGGACUUUUGUUGCCGUUGGUUUCUGGCAUAUUUGGAAGUUUGUAUGUAUGUGUGCGCGCGUGGAAGUUAAGAUGUAUAUUUGAAUGAAGCUGAACCAAACUUUUACAUCGUCUUUGUCCGUUUGUCUCUCUUCUCAGAGCUUUUACCCUCGCCAUUAACACUUUAAAUCUUUCAACACGCACACGACGCUGCUUAAAUCUCCCACAAAACAAACUCAGUAUCAACAGCUUCACUUCAGUUUCUCUCAUACCAUACUAUUUUGUAACAAAAACCUUUUGUUCCUUUUUCCGAUUCUGAGAUCUUAAGCAAAUUAGGCUAGAUUUGCAUCAAAGCUUAUUGUGCCUGGAAUCUGAAAGGAAUAGUUUAAGAGUUUUUGAACUACACUCACCUGCUUUCUUGACGGGAAUUAGUCUGCACGAUAAAUGGAUGGAGCCGGUAGUAGAUUAGCUUAGCAUAGCAUAAAGACUUGAAUCUGGGGGAAAAGUGAAGCAAAUAAAAACAGAAAUGCAAAAAGGUUACGUUAAUGUGCUUUAACUAUUUAUCUACUUCCCAUAGAAGUACUGGGCGGCUGGAUAAAGCGUUGUUUGUCAAUAAGUAGUUCCAGCAAUAGUUAACACCCUCUAAAACCAAAAUAUAUUUCUGUUUGUCCGAUUUAAAAAACAUGAAUGAUCUUGAAGAAAGAAACGGAUUCGAAAUGUGGAAUUAUUUGGAGGAAGUGGUCAGGAUCAGAUUGGCAGCUCUAAGUUAGACAUUAGAACAAAAAAGGGAAACUCAGGGUCCAAUUAAAGUCAAAGCCUGUGCAGUAAUGAGUCUUUAAAGCUGGCGACAGAUGGAUAAAAACAAAACCGACUAUGCAACCAAACGGGAUCACACACAGGAUGGUCAGAGGUACGUUAUUGUACUUGUACAAUUUUAGCAUCCUUUUUAGUUGAUCAUUUUCAAUAACUGUGUGCGUGUCUGUUCUUUAAAUGCAAGACGAAGCAGCCACUAUUUCUGUAUAAAGCGUUGAAAGAACCCACUACCGGCCUUAAUGAGAAAUUAGUCAACAGCAUUUUGGAAAAGGUGUGAUUGAGUAAGUAUGCAACACUGCUAUAACCAUACUUUUUUUUCCUACUCUAAAUCUAAUUAAAUAAAUACAAAAAGGAACCAAAA